AUGGAAGUUUUAGCGCUAUCGUCACUCAAGGCACACGCCGCAUACCUCGUAAUUGCCGUGGUGAUUCUUCGUCUAAUCACCAAUCGCUUUCGUAGGGGACUUGCAGGCAUUCCCGGCCCUGCAAUCGCCAAAUGGACUCGUCUCUGGAAGUUACAAAGUGUGUGGAAAGGCGAUCACCACAAUACAGCCAUUGACCUGCAUCGCAAGCAUGGACCGCUGGUCCGCAUUGGUCCGAAGCACAUAUCUGUUGGAGAUCCUAGUGCUAUUCCGAUCAUCUACGGUCUCAACAAGGGGUUCACAAAGUGCAUAUCAUGGGACAAAAAGCCGCAGAUGAACCUCUUCUCCACGCGCGACGAGAUGUUCCAUCGUGAGCAGAAGCGGCCAGUGGCAAACGCCUACAGUAUGACUUCGCUGCUCGAGCUCGAAUCCGCAGUGGACUCCUGCACCGAGAUAUUCGUCAAUCAGCUGGCGAGAUUUGCGAAUAGCAAAAGACCAGUCGACCUGGGAAUGUGGCUGCAAUACUACGCCUUUGACGUGGUCGGGGAAUUCACCUUUGCCAAGAAACUCGGCUUUCUGCAGGAGGGAAAGGACGUCGACGGCAUGAUUGAAGCGAUUCAGGGAAUGCUCGUUUAUGCUAGCGUGUGUGGCCAGAUCCCCGAGGCUCACCCGCUGCUACUGGGAAAUCCGCUUUUCCCGCUGUUCAUGCCCAGCAUGGAGACAUGGAAUCAGGUCUUGAAUUUCACGCUCAAGGCCAUCAAUUCGCGAGCAUCGCUGCAGCGAGACGACACCACUGCCAUUGCUCUACGAGCCGUCUUCUACCUCCUCCUUCGCAAUCCGUCGGCCAUGGCGAAGCUAAACGCUGAGAUCGACAAUGCCGACCAAGAGGGAAAACUAAGCAACCCGAUUUCCUACCGAGAAUCCAUGAACCACCUGCCUUAUCUGCAGGCAGUUCUCAAGGAGGCAAUGCGACUACAUCCAUCCGUCGGGUUGAUCCUCGAGCGUGAGGUGCCCAAAGGCGGCAUCACCAUCUGUGACAGGCAUAUCCCCGGUGGAACCGUGGUAGGCAUCAAUGCAUGGGUUCUCCACAGGGAUGCUCGGGUCUUCCCGGACCCUAACAAGUUCAUUCCCGAGCGGUGGAUCGACAGCGACCCACAGCUGUUGAAAAAGAUGGAACAGGGUUUCUUUGCGUUUGGUGCGGGGUCCCGGACUUGCAUUGGCAAGAACAUCUCGCUUAUUGAGAUGCAUAAGAUUAUCCCGCAGCUGUUGCGGGAGUUUGAGAUUCGACUGCACAGCCCAGAGAAGGAGUGGAAGACAAAGAAUGUAUGGUUUGUGCAGCAGGAGGGAUUGAUAUGUGACCUUGUACGCAGGAGAAAGUGA